UCCCGCAUUACUUACCUCAGCUAUACAAAUUCAUCUGUUUUACUGCGACGAGAGUAUUGGCGUGGUGGCAGUGAAGUCUACGCGCCUUCUGCCGCGCCCGGAGAUCGAGUCAUCUCGCCACAGCUCCGACAAGAUUGCUACCUCACAUUUCUAGACGCAAAUAUGUCAAACGUUAAGGUUGAAGAUAAUGAGGAUUUGCAACUGGAUGACAUGUGCCCAUGGAAAAUUGGGGACAAUGUUGCUAGCUCAUCAAGCAGCCGUGUAAGAUCAUCAUUUAUAGAAAUGGGGUUCCCACCAUCUCUUGUUGACAAAGCAAUUGAGGAAAAUGGUGAAGACAAUGAAGGAACACUACUGGAGACUCUAUUUCAGUACUCGGCUCAAAAAGAUACGAGGCCUGAGUCUUUGAAUUCCUUUGGUGGCUUUCUCAACACCAAUGAUGAACUAGCUGGAGUUGUACUACCAAACGAGAAGGUGAAGGUUCCUCAUACAUCCGAAUCAUCUGAUUCUUUGGAUAGCUUGUUUGGAGAGAGAAAUGAUGCAAGCAGCCAUGUCGAUAUUUCAAUGCAUGUUCAUCCUAAAGAGGAACCUGACAUAUCGAGUGGAGUUAAAGAUGGGAAAAAAGCAAGUUUACUGAUGAUGAAUUUCUCUGAGGAUGAAGUUGAUUAUGCUAUAAAUAAACUUGGUGAAAAUGCUCCUAUAAGUGACAUAAUAGAUUUUAUCGCUGCUGCCCAAAUUGCUGAAAACUCUGAAAAGAAUGUUCAGAUUUCUAAUUAUGGUGAUGACGAAAAGAAUGCGGAUGCCAGCACUGAAACCUUGUUUGGGACUUUAAACAAUACGCUUCGGUUGCUCGAAAUGGGUUUUUCGGAGAAAGAUAUUUCUGCUGCUAUCGAUAUGUGUGGUUCAAAAGCUUCUGUCGAGGAACUUGCAGAUUCGAUUGUUUCUGGUCAAAUUGGCAAGUAUACCUAUAAUCCUAGUUGGAAAAGGAAUGCCAGCUCAAGUAGAUCAUUAUAUGGGAUGAAUGGUCAAGGCACUAUGCGUUAUGAUGACUUGACAAUAAAAACUGAAGAUACCAGUCCUGUGUCUCAUUCUGAGUUCAGUAGUAAUGGCAUGAUGGAAAGUUGCAAGGGAAAAAGGCCAAAAGAAGGAUAUAUCGAUGAGUCUAGCAGUUCGAAGAGGCUGAAAGAAGAGUAUGAGGAUGACUCAGGCGCUGCCUUACCACCAUGGCUUGAAGCAAGGCAAGCAAUUUCCAAGACUAGCAGCUCACGGUUAGCACAAAAACAGCGUAAACCACGGCUAACCGGAGAGUCUAUUUCAUUGCCAAAGCCUGUUUCAUGCAAAAGUCUCGAUCGAAUGGUAGCUGGUCCACCGUACUUCUUCUACGGAAAUGUGCUCAAUCUCUCCCAGGAUUCUUGGAUCAAGAUAUCUCAAUUCUUGUAUGCCGUUGAACCAGAAUUUGUGAACACACAGUUUUUUUCGGCAUUCAGUAGGAAGGAGGGUUAUGUACACAAUCUUCCGAAUGAGAAUAGGUUUCACCUCAUCCCUAGAUCUCCGAUGACAAUUGAAGAAGUGAUACCAAGUACGAAAAAAUGGUGGCCUCCAUGGGAUACGAGAAAACAAAUCAGCUGCAUUAAUACUGACCUUACCGGAAUCUCUCAGCAGUGCAAUAGACUUGAAAGUUUACUGAAUGAUUAUGGAGGGUUGCUUUCAAUAGACCAGCAGACAGAUCUCCUUCAUCGCUGUAAAAUAUAUAAUCUUGUAUGGGUUGGUCAUAACAAGUUGAAGCCCAUAGAACCCGAGCAUAUUGAGCGCAUUUUAGGCUACCCUGUCAAUCACACUCAAGCCGCCGGGUUCAGCAUGCAUGAUCGACUUCAGGCUCUGAAACACAGUUUUCAGAUAGAUACCUUGGGAUAUCAUCUUUCUGUUUUAAAAACCAUGUUUCCGGAAGGAUUAACCUUAUUGUCAUUAUAUAGUGGAGUUGGAGGGGCAGAAAUAACUUUGGACCGGCUUGGCAUUCGAUUAAAAGGCGUUGUUUCAGUUGAAACAUGUGAAAUAAAGCGCAAGAUUCUAAAGCAGUGGUGGAGCAAUUCUGGGCAAGUCGGAGACCUCGUGCAGAUUGAAGACAUUCAGAAACUAUCAAGUUCAAAGUUUGAAAUUCUUAAACAAAGGUUCGGAGGAUUUGAUUUGGUCAUUUGUCAAACUCCUAGCACUUACAAUCCAAAAUGCCCUACUAUUGAAGAUCAUGGCAAUAUUUCUGGUCUAGACUUCUCGAUGUUCUAUGAAUUUGUUAGAAUUUUGCAACGUGUAAAGUCCAUGAUGGGAAACAGUAGGUGAACUUCUACAUCUAGUCAUGCUUGUCCUUCACAAUCUUAUUAUGAAAAGGAUGAAUUAGAGUUUAGAGUAUGUAGCAUUCCGUUGCAUCCUUUAGCAAGAUGUAAGAUCAAGAAUUUGUUUCAACUAACUUAUGUGUCUCAUUUCAUUGUGUAGUGCUACUAUUUAAUUAUCAUGUUUCUUUUCA